CCCCCACGUGGUCAGUUCGGCCCAGCUGCGAUCACUAGGGCGGCGGCGGGACUGACAGCAAGCUACGAGGCGCGAGCCAGCGGACUCGGCACCCGCACCGCCCAGCGCGCUCACUAUGGCGAUGCAUUUCAUCUUCUCAAAUGAGGUGGUGCUUCUGUUUGAUUUCUGGAAUGUCCACAGUCCUACAGGCAUGGCCCUUUCAGUGGUGGUAGUCCUGCUCCUGGCUGUGUUGUAUGAAGGCAUCAAGGUUGGUAAAGUCAAGCUGCUCCACCAUGAUCUGGAGAGCCUGCCAGCCCUCAUUGACCAGGAGCUCAUGGAGGAGACAGACCAGGAAUCGGCAGGCUCAGAUUUGCCCACAGUCAACAGAACUCGCCGCAGGUGGUUUUUGUGUCACUUUGGCCAGUCUCUAAUCCACGUCGCUCAGGUGGUCAUCGGCUACUUUAUGAUGCUGGCUGUAAUGUCCUACAACACCUGGAUUUUCCUCGGCGUGGUCCUGGGCUCAGCUGUGGGCUACUACCUAGCCUACCCACUUCUCAACAUGGUAUAGCCAGCAGGAGAUGUGCAGGCACCAGGGCUAGAGGGAGCUGGGGCUCCUUUUCCCCUAGACAUUGUACUUGCAGCCCUUUGUCUGCUCGCUCUUCUAAUAGCUGUUCCUCACCUUGCUCCCCAACUCUGAAAGCUUUCAGCUCAAGUCAGCUCUUGCUCCCUGGAGUUCAGAAGCCAUUGCAGCUACCUCCCUCUUCAGCCAGCCUGCACAGGGCCCAGGGCUAGUCUUUUUUUUUUGCCUUAAAAAGGCUAUAUUAUGGCCAAAGGGAGAAAGGAGAGAACAGAACCUGGGGCAGGGUUGCUGAACGCCUAAUGAUUUCUCUGAGACUCAAAAUUUUUAAGCAUCUCCAAAGAUCCUCAAGACAGUGAUGCGGGGCCUGUGUGAUGAAGGGUGGGGAACCUGGAUACCAUCUGCUCUCCUGAUUUGUGCCUUAUCUUAAAGGAGCAUCUUCCAUGGGACUUCUUGACCUCUUCUGUCUUUGGGGGGACAGAAACUAAGCUGGCUCCUUUUUCUCACCUUUCUGUCUUUGGAAUACAGGAAGAUUGUCUCUUCGUUCUAUGAAUCAUGUUGACACAGUAAGAUUUCUUUUUCCCCAUCGAGCUCCCGGUUGACAAUUUAGCACGUUAAUACAAGACAAAAUUUCUAAUGAAAUUAUUUCAUUUUAUUUAUGAUGGAUGGCAGCAUCUGCCGAGACCUGUUUCCCUUUUUUGGAGGGAGAAUGAGUGACAGCAGAUUAAAGGCAGAGACACAGGACUGUUGUCAAGCCUCCUGACUCACUCUGGAUGCACUGAGCUCCUCCCAGCAGGCUGCACUGUUUGCAGGAGGAAGACAAUCUAAUGGGCCUAGAUGUCUGGGAAGCUCUUCGUGGUCUUAAUGCGGAACAGAGAACCACAUUUAACAAUAUUCAAUAUUUAAUAGUGCUCUCUAUUAAUUACUGCUCACCCACAGUAAUCUGGUGGGGAAACAUGAUUCAUUCACUGAAAAUACUGAUUAAGCCACAGGGAGUACUGACUGAAGAUGCGAUAUGCAAACCAAAGCUGUUACAUUUUUAGAAUUAAAGGGAACUUUCCUGAUAUCUGAACCUCUUCACUUACAGAGAAGGAAACAGAGACCCAAAGAGAGAAAAGCACUUGUCUAGGGUCACACUGCUAUAUACUGCUGUAGCUCGUGGGCUAGAUGAAAAGAUGAUCUUAAGCUUUGGGAAUUAAAAUGCAUUUUAAUAAAUCUGUAUUUUUAGACAA